AUGGCACCGUCAAUAAGCGACCUUCCUAUAUCACCAAAUGGUCAAACACACCAUGAAACAACCACAGAUUGCAUCGUUGAUACCGAAUUCUUAAUCGUCGGCGCGGGACCUGCAGGCGCUGCACUGGCUUGUUUCCUCGGUUCAUAUGGUCUCAAAGGAAUCAUGAUUAGUGCCGCCCCCGGCACAGCCAAUACACCCCGAGCCCAUAUCACCAACAUGGCAGCAUUAGAAUGUCUCCGUGAUAUUGGCCUCGACCAGGAAAUCAACAAGGUCGCGUGCAGUGGUGAUCAACAUAUGGUGCAUACCAGGUGGUGUCAUAGUAUGGCUGGUGAAGAGUAUGCAAGGAUUCAUUCUUGGGGUAAUGAUCCUAAGCGAAAGGGUGACUAUGAAAUGGCCAGUCCUUGUUCUCCGGUCGAUCUUCCGCAGACACUAUUGGAGCCCAUUCUAGUUCGCCAUGCAAUCUGUAAAGGAUUUACUACUCGAUUUGAUACCACGUUUUUCUCUUUUAUCGAGGAUGCUGGUGUUAUUACAGCCAAUCUCUGCGAUAAUCUCUCCAAGCACGAGUACCAAAUCCGAACCAAGUAUCUCUUCGGCGCAGACGGAGCCCGCAGCCAAGUCGUCAAGCAACUCAAUCUUCCCCUGGCAGUGAAACCAGGUCAAGGCCUUGCAAUCAAUGUUCUCGUGCGUGCCGAUCUGUCGCACCUCGUCGAGCAUCGCAAGGGCAACCUGCACUGGGUUAUGCAACCGGAUCGCGAGCAUCCGGAAUUUGGCUGGAUGGCGAUCGUACGGAUGGUCAAGCCUUGGAACGAGUGGAUGUUUAUUUUAUUUCCGACGAAAGAUUUUGAUCCGCGAGCGAAUCCGUCGAAGGAGGAGUAUCUGCAGCGGGUAAGAGAGUUUAUCGGGGAUGAGACGCCAGCGGGGAUUAUUGAUGUCUCAAAGUGGAAUAUCAAUGAGACUGUGGCGGACGAGUACUCCCGGGGGAAUAUAUUCUGCCUUGGUGACGCCGUCCAUCGCCAUCCACCACUGAAUGGUCUAGGCUCAAAUACCUGCAUCCAAGAUGCAUUCAACCUCGCCUGGAAAAUCGCCUACGUCCACCAGGGCCUUGCAUCUCCAUCCCUCCUAUCAAGUUACUCAACGGAACGCCAACCAGUGGGCCACUCGAUUAUCACGCGCGCAAAUCAGGCAUUCCGCGACCACGCAAGCAUCUGGAAUGCAUUGGGGAUGUUAAACGAAGACCUCGAGAGCCGGAAAGCUAUACUCGAGGAAUUGUCUGCGGUGACUACAAACGGGCAGAAGUGGCGUCGCGCUCUACGGGAGGCUAUUUCGCAUACGUGCCAUGAGUUUCAUGGGUUGGGUGUUGAGAUGAAUCAACACUACUCUGGGUCGGGGAUUUACGAUGCGGACGAAAAAGAAAUAUAUGCCCUUCAUGGAAAAGCCGCUGAAGAUCCGGUUUUGUACCACGAACCCAGUACAUAUCCAGGGAGUCGGCUGCCGCAUGUUUGGCUCAAUCGGGCUGUUCCGGGGAAACCGGUUUCUACAAUUGACCUAGCGGGUCAUGGGGCGUAUACGCUUUUCACGGGUAUUGGAGGUGAUUCCUGGAAGGUAGCUGCUGAAGCUGUCUCUAAGGAAUUGGGAGUUCCGCUAAAAGCGCACUCGAUUGGGUUCCGGCAAGACUGGGAGGAUAUGUAUUAUGACUGGGAACGGGUAAGGGGCGUGGAUGAGUCUGGAGUUGUUCUGGUAAGACCAGAUCGAUUUGUAGCUUGGAGAAUGCUUGAAGUGCUGGAACGUGCAGAGAUGUGUGGAAGGAAGUUGGGUGAGGUAUUGAGAUCGAUUUUGGCUUAUUGAUCUUUAAAUGUACAGAUAAGAAUGUCUAGAAAAGAACAUCCGAUAAUUAAUUUGGCAACUGUAAAAAACUCCAAUCAAUCUCCCCAUCCAUUGCUCUACUAUUCUCGAUCCAUGGUCCUUGUGACUGCGUACUCCCAAAGAGAAACAUUGGGUCAAUUAGCGUGGCGGACGGGAUCAUCUGAUCUGCGAUGAAAUGAGCGUCCACUGAUGGUA